UGAAAUCUUGAAGGGAUUACAUGUAUGGUUUUAAAUAAGAGGGUAGUUAGGCAUGUGAAUUAAAGAAACAAUCUUAAUCUUAGUCAUACGAAAUGGCUGUAAGAGGGUAUGCCUAUUUCAUUUAUUCAUAUAUGUGAAUUGGGGCAAUUUUGAUUUAAGAUUGGGAAUGUUGGGUUUAUGGUUUUGCAGGUAUGAUAAUGGGAGCAUCAGCAUCAUCAGUUUGGUAUAAUUUAAGAGUACCCCAUCCAUGCAGAGACGUGCCUAUCCUAGACUACGACCUGGCCCUCUUGUUCCAGCCCAUGCUCUUGCUAGGCAUCACCAUUGGUGUGGCUUUGAGUGUUGUCUUCCCCUAUUGGCUCAUCACUGUCCUUACAAUCAUUCUAUUCUUGGGGACGUCAUCAAGGUCUUUCUUUAAGGGGAUUGCAAUGUGGAAAGAAGAGACAAUCCUGAAAAAAGCAAUGGUGGAGCAACAAAACACUCUAGCUAAUUCCCAUGGCGAGCUUUUAAUUGAUACAGAGUAUGAGCCAUUAGUUCCUAAAGAAGAGAAAACAGAAUUGCAAAUUUUGGGGUUGAACUUAAGAUGGAAGAGGUUUCUGGUGUUACUAGUUGUCUGGGUCGCCUUUCUACUUCUUCAAAUUCUCAAGAAUAAUGUAGUGGCUUGUAGUGCAUGGUAUUGGAUCCUCAACUCAUUACAGUUUCCAGCAGCAAUUGGAGUGUUUGGGUAUGAAUGUGUAAAACUGUACAAAGAAAGCAAGAAGAGGAGGAAAGCAGGGAACACUGAAUUAAUAUGCGAGGCUGCAAUUGAAUGGACUGUCCCUUCUCUAGCAUUCUGUGCCUUGUGUGGGGUUCUUGGAGGCACUGUUGGGGGCCUUCUAGGCUCUGGUGGAGGAUUUAUUCUGGGUCCUCUCCUCCUUGAAAUUGGUGUCAUUCCACAGGUAGCUAGCGCAACAGCAACUUUUGUGAUGAUGUUCUCAUCAUCCUUAUCUGUGGUGGAGUUCUACCUCCUCCAUAGGUUCCCCAUUCCAUAUGCUUUAUACCUCAUGGCAGUGUCUGUUCUGGCUGGCUUUUGGGGACAAUUAUUUAUAAGAAAACUUGUUGCAAUACUAAAGAGAGCUUCAAUCAUCGUGUUCAUCCUCUCUGCAGUCAUCUUUGCUAGUGCUUUAACAAUGGGGGUCAUUGGCACUGAGAAAAGCAUACGGAUGAUACACAAUCACGAGUUCAUGGGAUUUUUAGAUUUCUGUAGCAGUCAGUGA